GGAUUGUGGGAUAGUGGCGGACGGAGCCGGGCGUCGGAGGCCCCGAGCCGACUGCAGAGCCCGAAGAGCCGGUCCGUUUGGGGAAGGGGGGCGGCGAAGGAAGUGAGCCUCGGCUUUCGUCGGCCGCUGCUCAGUCCUGCGGCCUGUCCGGACUGCCGAGGACAACGUCUUCCCUGACCGGCCUUUGCUUUCCCGCGCGGCGCCGGGCCGGGCCAGCCGGGGCCACUUCCCGGCUGAGGGCCUUCGCGGGCCUCGCGGCCGCACCGACCUCUCCGCGACCCUGGUCGCCGGCGAGCCCCGGACGCCCGUCUCCGUCCGCUCCCGGCCGGCGCUGACCCCCGGACUCGAGCUCGGCGCGCGGGGGGCUCCCCGAGGCCUGAAGGCGCGAGCGCGAGCCCCUGCCGCCGCCCCCCGCCCCCUCUUACCGGGCCCCUGAGGCGGGGCCGGAGCCGCUGGCGGCGGGGCGGGGGGGGCGCCCCGAUGAGCCCCGAGUGCGAGGAGCCGCCGCCCCCCCGCGCAGGGCGCCAUGUUUUGGAAGUUUGACCUGCACACGAGCUCACACCUCGACGCGCUGCUGGAGCGGGAGGACCUGAGCCUGCCCGAGCUCCUGGACGAGGAGGACGUGCUGCAGGAGUGCAAGGUUGUCAACCGGAAGCUGCUGGACUUCCUGCUGCAGCCACCACACCUGCAGGCCAUGGUGGCCUGGGUCACCCAGGAGCCGCCCGCCAGUGGCGAAGAGCGCCUGCGCUACAAGUACCCCAGCGUGGCCUGCGAGAUCCUGACCUCAGACGUGCCCCAGAUCAACGACGCGCUGGGCGCAGAUGAGUCCCUCCUGAACCGGCUCUACGGCUUCCUGCAGAGCAGUGGCAGCCUCAACCCGCUGCUCGCCAGCUUCUUCAGCAAGGUCAUGGGCAUUCUUAUCAACCGCAAGACAGACCAGCUCGUGUCCUUCCUGCGGAAGAAAGACGACUUCGUGGACCUGCUUCUGCAGCACAUCGGCACCUCUGCCAUCAUGGACCUCCUGCUGCGUCUCCUCACCUGCGUGGAGCGGCCGCAGCUGAGGCAGGACGUGGUCAACUGGCUCAAUGAGGAGAAGAUCGUACAGCGGCUCAUUGAUCAGAUCCACCCGUCCAAGGAUGACAAUCAACAUUCCAAUGCAUCCCAGUCCCUGUGCGACAUCAUCCGCCUGAGCCGGGAGCAAAUGAUCCAGGUCCAGGACAGCCCAGAGCCCGACCAGCUGCUGGCCACCCUGGAGAAGCAGGAGACGAUCGAGCAGCUGCUUAGCAACAUGCUGGAGGGGGAGCAGAGCCAGUCUGUCAUCGUGAGCGGGAUCCUAGUGCUGCUGACUCUGCUGGAGCCCAGAAGGCCGAGGUCUGAGUCUGUGACUGUGAACAACUUCUUCAGCAGUGUGGACGGGCAGCUGGAGCUCCUGGCCCAGGCGACCCUGGACAGCACCACGUCCAGUGUGGGCGCCCUGCACGCCCUGCGCCCACGCCUCGGCCGUUUCCACCAGCUCCUGCUCGAGCCCCCUGAGCUGGAGCCGCUGCGUACCACGUGGGGCAGCCUGGCCCCCCCACUGGGCAACACGCGGCUGCACGUGGUCAAGCUGCUGGCCAGCGCCCUGAGUGCCAACGAUGCGGCCCUGACCCAGGAGCUCCUGGCACUGGAUGUGCCCAACACCAUGCUGGACCUCUUCUUCCACUACGUGUUCAACAACUUCCUGCACGCCCAAGUGGAGUCGUGUGUGAGCGCCAUGCUGAGUGCUGGGCCUCCGUCCGACAGCGGCCUCGAGACACCUGCCCCUAACCCCGUCGUGAAACAUCUGCUGCAGCAGUGCCGCCUGGUAGAGCGCAUCCUGACCUCCUGGGAGGAGAACGAGCUUGUGCAGUCUGCAGGGGGCCCUCGCAAGGGCUACAUGGGCCACUUGACGAGACUGGCCAACGCCUUGGUGCAGAACUCGGAGAAGGGGCCCAAUGCUGAGCAGCUGGGGCAGCUGCUGAAGGACCUGCCCAGUGAGCAGCAGGAGCAGUGGGAGGCCUUCGUUUCGGGACCCCUGGCGGAGACGAACAGGAAGAACACAGUGGACCUGGUGAGCACCCACCACCUGCACUCCUCCAGCGACGAUGAGGAUGACCGGCUCAAGGAGUUCAGCUUCCCAGAGGAGGCAGUGCUGCAGCAGGCCUUCAUGGACUUCCAGAUGCAGCGCAUGACCUCUGCCUUCAUCGACCACUUUGGCUUCAACGACGAGGAGUUUGGGGAGCAGGAAGAGAGUGUGAACGCGCCUUUCGACAAGACCGCCAACAUCACCUUCUCCCUCAACGCCGACGACGAGAACCCCAACGCCGGCCUGCUGGAGAUCUGCUACAAGGACCGAAUCCAGCAGUUCGAUGACGAUGACGACGAGGACGAGGACGAGGGCCAGGGCUCCGGGGGCUCUGACGACGAGGACGGCGCCUGGCAAGGCCGCCCGCUGGCCCGCGGAGCCCGCCUGGGCCCGCCCCCCGGCGUGCGGUUACGUAAGUGGAAUUUUGAGACCGUCACGAGCCUGCAGAAACAGAGUGGAUUAUUGAGCGGAGGCAGCACAGACAGCGAGGACGAGGACGAGGAGGAGGAGGAGGACGAGGGCGACGGCCGAGCGGCCAGUGGGGGCACCGGGCCCCCCCGGCACCCCAGCCCUGGCCCCCGGCCUCCAGGCCCCAGCUGGACAGCCACCUUUGACCCAGUGCCUACAGACGCCCCGACCGGCCCCCGAGACUCCGGGGAGAGGGAGCUGAGCCCUGGUCUCCCUGCCCCGCAGGGGCCCCUCGGCGCUCCCCGGGACCUCUCCACCCUGCAGCUCAGGUCUCAGGACCCCGCGUCCCCCUCAGCACCUCAGGAAGCCACAGAUGGCAGCACAGUAGCGGAGCCCCUGGCCCCCUGCCAGGCCUCGGCCAGCUCCGGGGACCUCCAGGCCACCCUCAGAGGGACACGCUCCACGCCCAGCUCCUUGGACAGUGCAACCAGAGACCCUGCUACCUCUGUCCCGGCCCCCACGGCCAGCCAGCCUCCCCAGACCACAGAGGGGGAGAAGAGCCCGGAGCCCUCAGGGCUCCCCCAAAGCCAGAGUGCCCAGGCCCUUACACCGCCCCCGGUGCCCAGCGGCUCCGCCCCAGGAGGGCCAGCAUCCCUGGGCUCCCAGUAACUGCCUGGUCCUGGUGGCGGCUGAAUCCUCCGUACCCCACGUGGACCCGGCCCAAGUGGGGGCAGGGCAGGUCCCACGAUGGCCCUGUUGCCCCAUCACCUCUUCCUCGCCCCAGUCUGCCCCCACGUUCUCUCCUCUGGACUCCCAGGAGCCUGGUGCCAGGGAGACGGGCCCCUACCCACCCCCAUUUGCACUGAGAAAAGAAAUUAUGGAGUUUUGUCUCCUGGAAUAAAGAUUGAGUUGAUUAGAGAGAAAGGAGAGAGAGAGACCUAUAUUAUAUAUUAUAGAGAGAGUGGGAGGGUGGAGAGCCAGGAGGAGGCCAGGCGGGCAGGACAGCGGGUUGGACCUUCAUCCCACCCCGAGGACAUUGCCCCCUCCCCCCCACGCCCCCAGUCUCCGGUGCAGAUGCCCACACCCACACUCGGCCCAGGGCUGCCUCGGGGGGAGGGCCCGAGUGGGGGCCGUGCCUUUGCCCAGACCCUUGCCCUGGACCCUGCACUUUGACCCGGGCUGGGGGCUAGAGGACCCCCGCCCAGCCCUGCUGCCUCUGUGGGAGUUGGUGGUCCCCGUCCAAGGGGGUCUCUCAGGGGACAUUCCCGUGGGGCCCUGAUGCGCUCACUGAAACCCCCGCACCUCCUAUGGACCCUGCGGCGGGGGGUCGGCAGGGGUCCGGCUGGGGUCCCCUUCCCAUGCCCGAGGGUUUGGGGUCCAGCCCAGCUGCCAAGUGACCUUGUCCCAGCUCCCCCUCCCCAGGCUGGCGUGAGUGUGUGUGUGUUCGUGCACAGCUUCUAUUUCAUAUUGCAAAUAUAAAUAAAUACAGUUUAAGA